AUGCCCAUCCUCUCGGCCCUCUGGCCCAUCUUGUCGUCCUACCGCCCCUCGGCAGCCUCGGACCGCCAGCGCGCACGCCGCUUUGGCGCGUUCGUGCCCACGUACUAUCCGCCAGCCGUCUGGCGGGGUCCAAAGGACGACCGCGAGGCGCAGAAGCUGUACAACCACGUCCGCACUGUCGCCUUUUACAUGGACGCGGCGCCCGUCCUCGCUGACGCUGGACUGCCGUUCCGGGCCGGUCUGGACGACAUCAUCUCCCUCGUCCCGCUGUACGGCGAUAUCGUGUCUGGUGUGUUGCAGCUGUACCAGGUCUGGCUGUGCUGGUUGUUUGGGGUGCCGCUUAACGUUUGCAUUCAGAUGUUCUUCAACGUCCUCCUCGACACCCUCGUCGGCAUCGUCCCCAUCAUCGGCGACAUUCUCGACAACCUCUUCAAGGCAAACCUGCGCAACCUCGCCCUGCUCGAGACGUACCUCCUGUCCAACGCGCACGCGACGGCCACGUUCCACAUCCUCCUCAUGCCGGACAGCGACACGUUCCUCCCCGAGCCCCGCACGCCCAAGCCCACCGCCACGUCGGGCCACGCGCCCCGCUGGAGCGCGUGGUUUGGCUUUGGGGCCGGCACCGAGACGGCGCGCGAGGAGGCGCGCAGCGAGCUCGAGCGCGAGCGCAUGUAUGGCCAGGUCCGCAAGACGCGCCGCAUGGACCGCGACGAGGCCGGGUUUGCGUUUGGCCGUGGUCACCACAGCGGGCCCGUCCCUCCCUCCCCCGGUGCGUCGCCGUCCGGCGGUGCCGGCGGGUACGCUGCGCAGAUGCAGGGCGAAGCAGAGGCCGAGGCCGAGGCGAGGCGCAGGGCGGCGCGGCCGAAUGGGAGUGGCGGGUACGCGACGGCCACGCCUGUGAAUACCGCUGCUGGUGCUGGUGCUGGUGCUGGUGCGGGGGCCGGUGCUGGUGGUCCGCCGCCGGCGUACACCCCCAACUAG